UGUCAGUGGCAGAAGAAUGCUCAAAUCUUACUGGAAGCCAUAGCACAUAACCUAACAUGGGAUCCCACAGGUACUCGCCUUUUGACUGGUUCCAAUUGUCUUCAACUUUGGUCCAGUGUUCGUUUGGAAAAUCCUUCUGACAAUACUGAGAAAACAACAUAUGUUGGACUCGGAGAAUGGAGGUGUAUCUGGCAAUGCAAAACUGCGUCUCAAGUUUGUUUAAUGAAAUUCUCACCAGAUGGGGAGUUUUUUGCUACUGCUGGCAAGGAUGACUGUCUUGUGAAAGUAUGGUACAACACAGAGAGUUGGCGAUCAGCUGUAACACCACCUGGUGCCAGUCCAGAAAACCCAGCAAAAGAAGUUGAUUUUUCAUUUGUUUAUUUGGCUCAUCCUCGAUCAGUAAAUGCAUUUUCAUGGAGGAAGACCAGUAAAUUCAUGCCACGUGGUGCUGUCUGCAAUGUACUCCUGACUUGCUGUAAGGAUAAUGUGUGUCGUCUCUGGGCAGAGACUUUGUUACCCAAUGACAGUCUGUUGUAUGGCGGAGGAUACACCAAUUGGAGUGAAGCAGUAAACUUCACCAAUAACUUCAAGAGAAAUAUUUCAAGUAAAGAAAAAGUGCAGAGUGCUUUAGAGUUAAACCUCAGGCACUUUCGACGAGGAAGGAGGAGGUCAGGUGCAGUUUUAGCACAUACUGGAUACGCUCCACAUCAGCAAGAUCCGCAUGAAGUUCACAGGAGCGUUCCUCCUCAUGCAAAUGCCCUUUGUCACUUCCAUAUUGCUGCCAGUAUCAAUCCAGCCACAGAUAUUCCUCUACUCCCUUCUAUCACAUCUCUGAGUCUUGGUGAAAAUGAAGAAAAAAGUGGACCUUUUGUUGUGCACUGGCUAAACAAUAAAGAACUUCAUUUUACCUUAUCUAUGGAAGUGUUUUUGCAACAACUUAAAAGGAGUUUUGAACAUCAUUCUCUGGAGACUAACAGUGAGGAAUCUAAUCAAUUGGAUGGCAGAUCAGAAGAAGAAGUUGAUGAAAAAGAAGAUGAACAAAAACGAAACCAAGAAAAGGAACUGGGUGAUGAGAAAGCUACUCCAAAUUCAAGCCUUGUUCCUUUAUCUUCUGCUAUUAUUGAUCAUGAAAUUGAAGUUCUGCUUUCUGAAUGGAGUAAAAAUGCUGACAUGCUAUUCAGUAUACAUCCUAUGGAUGGUUCACUGCUAGUGUGGCACGUGGACUGGCUAGACGAAUACCAGCCUGGCAUGUUUCGCCAGGUGCAGGUGUCAUUUGUCUCAAGAAUUCCUGUUGCAUUUCCAACAGGUGAUGCAAACUCUCUUUGCAGAAGUAUAGUGAUGUAUGCUUGUACCAAAAAUGUUGACUUGGCUAUUCAACAAGGCAAACAAAAACCUCCUGGCCUUACACGGUCUUCAUCUAUGCUUAUCUCUUCUGGACACAGUAAAUCAAUCAACAGUUUAAAACUGAGUAUCUUCACACCUAAUGUUAUGAUGAUUUCCAAGCAUGCAGAUGGCUCUUUGAACCAGUGGCUAGUGAGUUUUGCUGAGGAGUCUGCUUUUUCAACUGUACUCAGCAUUUCACAUAAAUCCCGAUACUGUGGUCACCGUUUUCAUCUUAAUGACUUGGCUUGCCACUCAGUAUUACCACUGCUGCUUACAACUUCACAUCACAAUGCUCUGAUUUCACCAGAUGUUGAGAAUGCAUUACAGACAAAUGAUUCUUUAAAAUCUCAGGAGUCACCACUAAGACUUCAGAGUAGAGGCAAUGCAAACGUGACAUCCCAGGAUCCCAACGCAGUUUACAGUGAACUUAUUCUUUGGAGAGUAGAUCCUGUUGGGCCAUUGUCCUUUUCUGGUGGAGUUUCUGAACUUGCUCGGAUCAAUUCUCUUCACAUUUCAGCUUUUUCUAAUGUCGCAUGGCUGCCCACCCUUAUACCCAGCUAUUGCCUUGGUGCAUACUGUAAUUCUCCAAGUGCCUGCUUUGUAGCUAGUGAUGGACAGCAUUUGAGAUUAUAUCAAGCUGUAAUAGAUGCUAAGAAACUUCUGUGUGAACUCUCCAAUCCAGAAAUUUCUAAAUAUGUUGGUGAAGUUUUUAACAUCAUAAGUCAGCAGUCUACGGCUCGCCCGGGAUGUAUCAUUGAACUGGACGCUAUCACAGAGCUUCAUGGCCGGAAAACACAGUUACUCCAUGUUUUUCAAGAAGACUUCAUUUUAAAUAACCAGGAGAAGGAAGUAACUCCAAAGAAGAACAAUUUAUCAGACUCUGGAAACCAGCAGAAUGGAUUCUCUGAAAAAUUCUACUUGAUAGUAAUAGAGUAUACUCAAAGCCAUUCAUUACUACAUAUGUGGCAUUUGCAUUUGAAGUCAAUUCCUGUCUCAAUAGAUGAAAAGAUAAGUACCAAUCCACCUGAAGAAGCAACACAAACAGAAGAAUUGUAUUCUUCACCAGAUCCAGAGAAGAUCCAAUCACCUUUCACUCAAAAGUAUCAGGCCUGUAGAGCAAACCUUCAGAGCACCAGCUGGCUUACUCUGUCUUCUAAAAUGGUGUAUAGUCAAGCAUUGAAUAUGCCAGAAGGAGUAGAGAUAAUAAGUGUAAAGCCAUCAGCAGGACAUCUCAGUUCUUCUUCCAUAUAUCCUGUUUGUCGUGCACCUUAUCUGCUGGCUACUUCAUGCUCUGAUGGAAAAGUUCGAUUCUGGAGAUGCAGAGUUGUCACUGAAUCAUCAGCUUCUUCCAUGCCAGAACACAGCACACAUAGUGAUGUUAAAUACCUAUGGGAAGAAUGGCCAUUACUGAUUGAAGAUGGACUUCCUAGUAGUAGUGCUAUUAAUGUUCCCGGAAGGCCAACUGAAGUCAGCUGUGCACACACGAACAGAUUAGCAGUAGCAUACAAGCAAGUAGCAUCUAAAAAUGGUGAUCUUUCUCAGGAUUUUGUAAUGCAUGUUAGUAUUUUUGAAUGUGAGUCUUCAGGGGGCGGUUCUUGGAUUUUAGAACAGACUCUUAAUUUAGAUGAGAUAGGCACCAUGUUAGACUCUGGUGUUAGUACUGAUAGCAAUUUAGUGGCAUAUAACCAACAAGAUGUUUCUCUGUCUCAUGGUGGGAAUAUAAUGCCCAGUACGGUGCACUUAGAUUGGAUGUCUAGGGAAGAUGGUUCGCAUAUUCUGACAGUGGGAAUUGGAUCAAAACUUUAUAUGUUUGGUCAGCUGUCUGGGAAGAGGCAAGAGCAAAAUAGUAAUGAGAUUGUAGCAAUCUGCCCCAGUGGCAGUAUUAAGACUGCAAACCUUUCUGGGUUCGUUUUGCUGCGUUGUGUUGACUUAGUGUCUUCUGUAGAGGGGUCAUCUCCUUUUCCUGUCUCCUUGUCUUGGGUGCGUGAUGGCAUUCUUGUAGUUGGAAUGGAUUGUGAAAUGCAUGUUUACUCCCAGUGGCAGUCUCCUUCUAAGCAGGAACUUGUCAGCACAGAUUCCUACAGUGGAAGUAUGCCAUGUAUAACUAGCUUAAUGAAACAAAGCCAGUCAGUCCCCUCAGGUCUGCAUCCACCAAAGAGAACCUUGACCAGAUCUUUGACCAACCUUGCACAGAAACUUAGUGGGAAGAGAUCUACAUCUGAUCUAUCUAUGGAAGUAGAAGAUUCUGGUCUUUUCGAAGCAGCUCAUACAUUAUCUCCAACUUUACCUCAGUACCAUCCAUAUCAGCUGUUGGAACUGAUGGAUCUUGGUAAAGUACGUAGAGCAAAAGCCAUUCUGUCCCAUUUGGUGAAGUGUAUUGCUGGAGAAGUUGUUGCUAUAAAAGAAUCUGAGCCUAAUCAUGAUAAGAGGCUCAGAUCUCUCACCAUCAGUGCUAGUGGAAGUACUGCAAGAGAUCCCAUAACAUUUAGCAAAACUGAGACUACAGACUACAUGGAAAUAGACUCUGUUCCACCAUUGCCUUUGUAUGCUCUGCUUGCUGCGGAUGAUGAUUCAUCUUACUCCUGUUCAGAGAAGUCCAAUAAUCAAAAUAGCCAAAACAAAAAAGACACACCCAACGAGAACUAUGAAAAUCUCUUUCAAAAUACUGUUAUAAGUACAGAUGAACUUGUUACAUUUGACGCAGAUGAAGACAGUUCGAAACCAAAAGUCAUAGAUCUUUCUCAAUAUAGCCCGACUUACUUUGGACCAGAACAUGCUCAAGUUCUUUCUCGUCACUUGCUUAAUUCAAGCCUGCCAGGUCUGACUAGGAUGGAGCAAAUGUCAUUGAUGGCCCUGGCAGAUACAAUUGCUACUACCAGUACUGACAUUGGAGAAAGCAGAGACAGAAGUCAGGGUGGAGAAACUCUUGAUGAGUGUGGUUUAAAAUUUUUGUUGGCUGUUCGGCUUCACACAUUUCUGACAACUACGCUUCCUCCUGUACAUCGAGCUCAGCUGCUUCACCAAGGCUUAUCUACUAGUCAUUUUGCCUGGGCAUUUCAUUCAGUAGCGGAAGAGGAACUGCUGAGCAUGCUCCCUGCAGUGCAGAAGGGAGAUCCAACAUGGUCAGAGCUGAGAGCUAUGGGUAUAGGAUGGUGGGUUCGAAAUAUCCAGAGCCUACGGAAAUGCAUAGAAAAGGUGGCUAAAGCAGCCUUUCAGCGAAACAAUGACCCACUUGAUGCGGCCAUUUUCUACCUCGCGAUGAAAAAGAAGGCAGUGAUCUGGGGAUUAUAUAGGUCCCAAAAAGAUACUAAAAUGACAAAGUUUUUCGGAAACAACUUUACUGAGGACAGAUGGCGUAAAGCAGCAUUAAAGAAUGCUUUUUCUCUGCUUGGUAAACAGCGUUUUGAACAUUCUGCAGCAUUUUUCUUGUUGGCAGGACACUUAAAAGAUGCUGUGGAGGUCUGCCUCGAAAAACUAAAUGACAUUCAAUUGGCUCUUGUAAUAUCAAGACUUUAUGAGUCAGAGUUUGAAGUAUCUAGUACUUAUAAAUCUGUACUACAGAAGAGAGUUUUGGGAAGUGUGUUUGCUGGAAAAGAGAGCUCAGGAAACAUACACUGUGACCCUUUUCUGCGAAGUAUGGCUUACUGGAUUUUGGAAGACUAUAGCAAGGCUCUUGACACUUUGAUUAAACAUUCUGUUGCAGAUGAAGGAGGAGAUGGCUCAUCAAGUUGUAACCCCGCAGUGUUUAACUUCUAUAACUACUUAAGAACACAUCCUCUCCUGCUGAGACGUCAUUUUGGCUCUUCUGAUACAUCUUCCACACACAUUUGCCUAACAGUAGAAAACGGAUUAGCUGACAAAAUCAACCUAAGUGAAAGACAGCUGUUUUUCUCUACUGCAUAUGCUCAUCUAAAAGCUGGUUGUCCUAUGUUGGCCUUAGAAGUGUUAUCAAAGAUGCCCAAAGUUGUCAAGAGGUCAAAGUCAUUGUGUAAAUCCCCUAGUUUAAUGGAUACUAGUAAAGAUUUCUCACCAUCUUCUCCAGUUAAAGAGUUGGAAACAAAAGACCAGUCUUCCAGUGUUGACUGGUCACAGCCAGUAUGGAAUGGUCUAGCUUUGCAACUGCAGUCAGACAGUGAUGAAAAUGAUGAGAAUGAAGAUUCUUCCCUGGUAAUGAAAGAGCUGAGACCUCUGAAAAAAACUGAAAAAUUGUAUGAAACAAGUUCUGGUUACACAGAAUCUUUUAGUGUAAUUGAUGACAGCGAUAUUCUGAGUCCAUCAGAAGAUAUAAUUUCAGCACAGCUAAAGUUUAGAGCAUGCCUGAAAAUUCUUACUAUAGAGCUUCGUACGCUGUCCACUGGUUACGAGGUGGAUGGUGGGAAGUUGCGGUAUCAGCUUUAUCAGUGGCUUGAGCGAGAAGUGGUAGCUCUUCAAAAGACCUGUGAUUAUAGUGUUGAAGUGGACGAGAUACAGUCAGGAAUUAGCAUGAUGCCAGAGGAAGCUACAUUACAUGAAAACACUGAAGACUUAGCUGACCAACAAAGAAAUAUCCUACAGAAAGAAGACUUUCAGAAAAGGCGUCAAUGGCUUCUGAAAUACCAGUCUCUCCUAAGAAUGUUCCUUAGUUACUGUAUACUUCAUGGCUCACAUGGCGGAGGCUUGGCAUCUGUCAGGAUGGAACUAAUUCUGCUAUUGCAGGAAUCUCAGCAGGAGCAGUCAAUACAGGUACCUUCCAGCCCUCUACCCGAGCAAAGCUCUAUACCUCUCCUAUUUGCUUGCACAGCUAGUGCCAAGACAGUGGUGGCUAAUCCACUGCUACAUCUUGGUAAUUUAACUCAUGAUAUAUUACAUGCCAUAAUAAACCUUGAUUCACCACCUCAUCCAGAUACUCAGGACAGCAAGAUAUACGUAAUGCAUACCUUAGCAGCAUCGCUCUCUGCUUGCAUCUACCAAUGUCUUUGUGAUGGCCACAGCUACAGCUCAUUUAAAGCAAAUCAGUUCACUGGGACAGUGUAUCAGACAGUGCUGUUAACUGAACGCCAUUCUUUAAGAGCAACAAGCUUAGAAGAAACAGUGACUCCCAACACAUCCCCUGCUCAGUGGCCAGGAAUGACAGCUCUAAUACGUCUCUUGAAUUCUGCUGGUGAGGAGGCCCAGCCAGGUCUCACAGUUUUACUUUGUGAAAUUCUUACUGCGGUCUAUCUAAGUCUGUUCAUCCAUGGCCUUGCAACACAUUCUAGCAAUGAGUUAUAUAGAAUUAUGGCUCAUCCACUUAACAACCAAAUGUGGUCUGCUGUCUUUGGAGGAGGAGCUCAUACACCCAGCAGAGGACAACAGCAAUUAAAGCAACAUACUGUGUUUUCUUCUUUCAUAGAUAAUGGAGAGAAACAGCAAAAACACUACAGGCUUUCAUCAAAAGCCUCUCCAAAUGCUAGUUCUCAGUUGCCUGCAUUGCCUUUGGCAGACCAAGACUCUGCGUCUUACAAAGAAAGAUUUAUCCCUCCUGAGCUUAGCAUCUGGGAUUAUUUCAUUGCAAAGCCAUUUCUUCCAUCUCAAAGUAGAGUGGAAUAUGAUUCAGAAGAGAGUCAGGAAAGUGGUGAAGAUGAUGAAGACAUUGAUGGAGAUGUGUUUGCAUCAAAUUCACAUAAUCAAGAGCAUUCCAAUUCAAAUUCGUACAGUUGGUCACUGAUGAGAUUGGCAAUGGUUCAGCUGGUACUUCACAAUUUGAAGAUUUUCUACCCUUUGGCUGGACAUGAUCUUUCAGAGCUUCCCGUUAGCUCUCCGAUAUGCCAUGCAGUUUUGAAAACUUUACAGCGCUGGGAACAAGUUCUUCUCCGACGACUUGAGCUGUAUGGGGGUCCACCUCAACAUUAUAUUUCAGUUCAUGCUUCUGAAGAUGCCCUAGCUGCUGGUCCUGCAUUGCUUCGCCAUAAAACUUUACUCGAGCCUAUGAACACCCCAUUCAAAUCUAACAGCCAUGUUGCACUAUCUGUGAAGAGGCUCUGGCAAUAUUUGGUCAAACAGGAAGAAGUCCAGGAAACCUUUAUCAGAAAUAUUUUUACAAAGAAGCAGUGCCUAAAUGAGUCAUUAGAGGAGCACAACGAAACUAUGAAAAAUUCUGUGAUGGAGGAGCCCAUCAUCAAUAAGAUAGAAACAGAUUUGCGAUAUCCAGGAGGCAAGGCAAGAAUAAUCCAUAAAGAAUCCGACAUCAUUACUGCUUUUGCAGUCAAUAAGGCAAAUCGGAACUGCAUUGCAAUAGCAUCGAGUCAUGAUAUUCAAGAAUUGGAUGUUUCUGCGAUUUUAGCUACGCAAAUCUAUACCUGGGUUGAUGAUGAUGUGGAAAUAGAAAAUAAAGGGGCUGAUGAUUUCUUAGUUAUACAUGCUCGUGAUGAUCUGGUAAAUGUUCAGGGAACCACUCCUUACACUCAUAGUAAUCCUGGCACACCUAUCAAUAUGCCUUGGCUUGGUAGUACACAAACUGGCAGGGGUGCAUCUGUGAUGCUCAAGAAAGCCAUUAAUAAUGUGAGAAGAAUGGCUUCUCAUCCAACAUUGCCAUAUUACCUGACAGGUGCUCAAGAUGGUAGUGUAAGAAUGUUUGAAUGGGGUCAUGCUCAGCAAAUUACAUGUUUUCGAUCUGGUGGCAACUCAAGGGUAACUCGGAUGCGAUUCAAUUACCAAGGAAAUAAGUUUGGAAUUGUUGAUGCUGAUGGAUAUAUAAGUUUAUAUCAGACAAAUUGGAAAUGUUGUCCACUUACUGGAACUUCACCUAAACCAUAUUUGACAUGGCAGUGUCAUAACAAAACAGCCAAUGACUUUGUUUUCAUCAGUUCAUCAUCUCUGAUAGCCACAGCAGGAUUGUCUUCUGACAACAGAAAUAUUUGUCUUUGGGAUACUUUGGUUUCACCUAUGAAUAGCUUGGUGCAUGCUUUUGUCUGUCAUGACAGUGGAGCAACUGUGCUAGCAUAUGCUCCAAAAUAUCAGCUGUUAAUAUCUGGAGGCAGAAAAGGCUUUACAUGUGUAAUUGAUCUUCGCCAAAAGCAGCAGCAACAGUUACUGCAGAGUCAUGAUUCUCCAGUCAAAGCAAUUGCUGUUGAUCCUACAGAAGAGUAUUUUGUCACAGGAUCUGCUGAAGGCAACAUCAAGGUAUGGAGUCUGUCUACAUUUAAUCUUCUUCACACUUUCAUCAAUGAGCAUGCUCGACAGUCUCUCUUCAGAAACAUUGGGACGGGAGUCAUGCAAAUUGAGACAGGACCAGCAAAUCACAUAUUCUCCUGUGGUGCUGAUGGAACAGUGAAGAUGAGAAUCUUGCCUGACAGAUUCAGCCCUUUAAAGGAUGUGUUAAAAAAUGAUGUGAAAUUUAUGAUCUAA